AUGGCUCGUCGGAAUCGCGCUAGCGCUAAAGGUGGCGUUUCCAUCGUACCUGAAGCCGUGACAACUGCUUCUGAUUCCUCAAGCGAUUGCAGCACUCCUCCCCCAAGCGACAACGGUUCUUCCGAUCAAGGCCAUGACUAUUUCACGCAGGAAGAAUUUCACGGAUUUGUCCCGAGCCCUGAAGACGAUCUGAUAGCCAAACUAAGUAAGCUCUCUAUUCAUCAAGGUUGGUCCAAGAACGAGGAGAAGCGACGUCGCGCCGAAGUCGUUGAGUUUGAGGUAUUACGACACUACGGCCCCGACAAGUCGAGCCUGGCAAAGUGGCAGGAACUGUGUCGCGACGUCAAGAUCGAUCCUAUACCACAGUCUAUCACACAGUGCAAGAAAGCUCUCUCACGCGUUUAUGUCAACAUCUUCAACAUCCUAGACCACCGGAACGAUCCAGAGCGCUAUCCAGUCAUUACCUUCAAGAACUACAAGCUCUUCCGCGCAUACACCCUUAAGAGUCGUAUCUUCCCUUUGGAUCAAGCGAAGGAGGAAGGGUUUGUCAAGGCUCUUCUUCGCCCGCUCUUCAUGAACAAGAAGUAG